UAGGUUAUUGUUAUUAUAAUUGUUAUACCUACAAAGCCAUCAUCAAAAGUAGAAAGAAAAGAAAAAAGAAAUCUACCAAAUUCUUCUAUAUUAGAAAACCACUCUCUCUCAUAAUCUUGAAAACUAUAACCAUAUUUCACCAACUUAUCUCAAAACUCAACAAAUACUCUCUCAACUUAAAGUCUCUCAAACAAACAAAAAAUCUCACCACCACCAUUCACCUCCAUCAUCAUGACGGAAAAGGACUGCGGCCACCACGACGAUGAGCGGCACAACCUCCACCGCUGCCUAAUCACCGCCUUGAUUGCGUUUGUAACCCUAAUCCUCUUCACCAUCCUCCUCAUUUUUCUCAUCCUCCGUCCAACAAAACCACAUUUCAUCCUCCAAGACGCGAUCGUCUACGCGUUCAACACCUCUGCCCCCUUUAAUUUCCUCACGACCAACGUACAAGUCAUGAUUGUCUCUCACAAUCCUAACGAUAAAAUUGGAAUUUACUACGACAAACUCGACGUCUACGCCACGUAUCGUGGCCAACAAGUUUCACUACAAACAUUGUUGCCACAAACGUACCAAGGCCACAAAGAUGUGUCGAUAUGGUCACCUUUUGUGUAUGGUAAUAAUGUACCAAUUGCACCUUACUUAGGUAAUGCAAUUAGUAAAGAUAUAAUGGUUGGUACAAUUUUAUUAAAUGUUAGGAUUGAUGGGAGAGUUAGGUGGAAAGUUGGGAGUUUCAUUUCAGGAAAAUAUCAUUUGUAUGUGAAUUGUCCUGCUUAUGUUGGUGUUGGUGGAAAAUUUAUUGGGAAUAGUGUUGUGGUUGGGAAGUCAUUAGCUAUAAAGUAUCAAUUGGUGCAAAAUUGUCAUGUUGAUGUUUGAAGAAGAAGAAUUUCUCCAUUUUCAAAACUAUC